GCGUGCGUGUGUGUGCAGCCAGUGUGUGCUCGAGCAUGCAGCCCUCAGCGCGCGCCACGCCCUUCGGCACGCCCCCCGGGGCCCAGGCCGUCCUGCUGGCCGUCGUGUGCGUCGCCAGCCUCGCCAGCGUCGCGGCCGGCACGCCAGCGCCGCCGCCCGACAUGGACGACCUCAAGAAGGGCCUCUGCAAGGACAUCUGCAGUGAAAUCAACGGCCUGGACACUUACUACGAGAGCGGCUGCUUCUGCGUCCUCGAGCACGAUCCCACCCCCGAGGAGCGGCCGCGUGUGGGGCGCGCGCUGAGCCGCGGCGAGGCCGUGGGCAUGCCCGUCACCACGACGGUGGUGGGCCGCGACCCCGGCCAGACGCGCGAGCAGCGCUGCCUCGUCGGGCUAGCCACGGCGCUGCGGGCGCGCUCAGGGACCGCCAGAGCCGCGCUCAGGACCCCCGUGGUUUCCGUGAUGAAGGAGCAGCCGCCGCCGGCCGCCGCCUCGAUCUCCGUCGUGUCGCCCGUCGUGUCGCCCGGCGUGUCGCCCGGCGUGUCGCCCGGCGUGUCGCCCGGCGUGUCCGUGGCCGCCUCGACACCCCUCGGACAAGCGAGCGCGGCGCUGGCGUCCAGGGCCGCCCAGCAGGGCGUCUCCGCCGCGACGCCCCCCGCCGGCACCGUCCCCGUGUCCGUCCUCACCAUCGCCGGGCCCCUGCCAGGGCCCCUGCCGACCGCCGACCUCCGCGGCAACCAACAAGACUGCGUCGGCGCUAGAGGCAACCUCUCCCUGCGACAGCGUGCCCGAGCUAGAGCGUCUGCUCGCGCGCCAGCUGCAGGUGGCGUUCUGAGCGCUUCGGCCUCGGCCCCCGCGCCCCGCUACGCCGGCAUCGUCGUGGCCCCCGUGCAGACGGCCGCCUCCAUCCUCGAGUCGCCGACGGGGGCCUUCAGCUCCAUGGCGGGCUCGGUGUUCGGCGCCAACCCCACCGCCUACCAGGAGCCGUACCAGGGCCACCAGGCCACCGUGGUGCUCAACGAGGCCUUCCCCGCCGACUUCGUGUCCGAGGGCGCGCAGUUCAUGAGGUCGGCCGCGUCGGCCUCGCAGCGCGUCGCGGACUCCGGGGUGGGGGCCGCCCACGCCGCGGUGCAGCGGGCCACGGACCUGACGGCCAGGGCGGUGGACGCGGGGCUGGGCGCCGCGAGGGGCACCAUCGGCGUGGGCCAACGGGCCGCGUCCACGGGGCUGCGCAUGGCGGACAAGGCCAUCAGGCAGACCGAGGAGGCGGCGACCGCGGCACUGCGGGCGCAGGACAGGGCGGCCAGCCUCCAGUUCCUGCUGCCUCCCGGCGGAGUGGUGGCCAGCAGGUCGCGCGGCGCCGCGCAGGACGGCGGCCAGCGACAGUUCAGCGUCAGCUUCACGGACCCCUUCUACGCCGGGCGGGCCUCCGAGCCGGUCGCCGCGGCGUCGACCACCAAGGCGCAGCGCUCCGUGGACGCGGCAUCGCAGAUCCCGGAGAAGCGGGAGCGCGGUGCGGGCAGCAGGAGGGCCUCCAUGGGCUUGGACCUGUCGCGGUACGCGAUGGGCGGUGACUAUGCUAGGGACGCCGAGCAGGGCCGGGGCAUCCUGACGGACGCGGCCGGCGCGGUGGAGCAGGCGGUGCAGAGCGUCGUGUCGGGCGUGAAGCACGGUGCGGCCACCGUGUCGCACGCCGCGCAGGACGUCUACCACGACCUGACCUCGGGCGUCCAGCACGGCGCGGCGACUGCGUCCGGCGUGGUCCAGGAUGCCGUCCACGGCGUUCAGCACGGUGCGGCGUCAGCGGUCGACGCGGCCCAGGGUGCGGUGCAGAGCGCGGUGGCGGGAGUGCAGUCAGGCACUGCCAGCGCGGCCCACGCCGUGCAGGGCGCGUACAACAACGUGGCCUCGGGCGUGCAGCACGGCGCCAACACCGCCGCCGACGUGGUCCAGGACGCGUUCCAGGGCGUUCAGGGCGGCGUUCAGUCCGGAGUGUCCUCAGUGUCCAACCUGGCUAGCGGGGCGCUGGGCACGGCGCAGGACCUGGCGCAGUCCACCACGCACAGGCUGCAGCACGCUGCGCACGAGCUCGCGCCGGCGGUGGGCCACUCCGCGGCGGAGGACGCCAAGGCCAGGGCCGAGGCCAGGGCCGCCACUCGCGACGCGCUGCAGGCCGCGGCCAGCAGGACCAUCCAGGCCGUGCAGUCGGUGCAGGGCGCGGCGGGCGCGGCGAGGGACUUGGUGACCAGCACGGCGUCGGACGGCGCCGCCGCGGCGCAGAACGCCCAGGCUGCCGCAGUGCAGCGCGUGCAGGACGUCGCCGGCCGGGUGAAGGGCUCCGUGCAGGGCGUGGCGGGGCAGCUGCAGGGCCAGGUGCAGGACGUCGCCGGCCAGGUGCGCAGCACUGUCGAGGACGUCACGGGGCAGAGCGCGCAGGUGGUGCAGGGCGUGAGGGACGCCGUCAAGGGCACGGUGCUGGACGCGGCGGGCCAGGUCCGCGGCCAGGUGGACAGCCUCCAGCAGGCCGUGCAGGGCUCCGUCAUGGACGCCCAGACGGCCGCGCGCGACGCCAUCCUCGCGGCUGCGUCCAGCGGAGUGUCGCGCGGCCAGCAGAUGUCGCAGGGCGCGAUGGACGCCGCGCAGGCCGCCGUCUCGUCGGCCAUCGACAAGGUGAAGAAGGCCAUGGGCACGGCCACCUCCACGGGGGCGGGCACUGCCUUGGGCACCGCACGCAGCGCGCUCUCCGGCCUGGGCUCGGGUCUGGGCAGCCUGAGGGCGGCGUACCAGGGCUUCCAGGACUACCAGCGAGGCUACCCUCAGCGCCAACCCCAGGGCUACCCAGGCUACCCCGGCUACCCUGCCUACCCGGCUCAGCAGGGCUAUGGGGGCUACGGGGGCUUCCAGUCCCAGACCGGCUUCCCGCAAGGCAACUCCCAGAGCUUCCAGUCCCAGAGCGACUUCCCCCAAGGGAGUCCCCAGGGCUUCCAGUCGCAGACCGGCUUUUCGCUUGGUAACCCGCAGUCCUUCCAGCAGCCCCUCCAGCAGCCCUUCCAGCAGGACGUGCCCGGGUCGUCCUGGGCGCAGCAGGCCAUCGACGGCAUCGCGGCGGAGGCCAACGGCGCGGGCCUGGACGCGGCCAACCAUGCAAGUAAUGCAGUAACCUUCAUCCCUAAGUUGUAA